UAUACACCAUAAAAUUUCUACUUUCGGUUUAACCACUAAGUGAUCUAUUUGUAGCAAUUAGCGUAACAUGGUGUGUGCUUAGCUCUUUAACUUCGCCUGUUUGUGGGAUGCAAAUAUCUGCAGCAUAGGUAUAUGAAUGGAAAGAAAUAUGGGACCGAAGCAGCAGCCUAAAAAGUAUUUAGAUUCAUCAAAAAAUAUUGGCGGGUCACUGGUGAAGAGACGGAAAGGCCGCGAGGAAUUCAGUGAUAAUGAAUUGAUAUCGGAUUCGGAAGACGAUCAAGAUGAUCAAGAUGAGCAAGAGGUCUAUUUCUACAACAGACAUGAAGCAGGAAACUAUGAAGUCAAACGUGCCCAGCCUUUGGAAAGGGAGGCGGUUAAAGAUGACGAUAUCGCUGGGCCAAAAAAGAAAGUACCCCCAAAGUCGCUUGCAGAACAAAUUUUCACACCAGUCUUUAUGUAUCAACUUUACAUAACCAUCACCAGUGUUCUCUUGGUGAAUUUCUGUUCUGUGUACAUUCUCAACAACAGUAUUCUUGUAAGUGACACUUCUUUCAGAAGUAAUGAUAAGGUUAUUGAUAUUGGACGGAAAGUGCAAAAGGCACUUGAUACUGAAAUGAAUAAAGCUGAUAUUGGAGGGAAAGUGCAAAAGGCACUUGAUAUUGAAAUGGUUGAAGCUAACGUUGGUGGGAAAAUUCAAAAAGCAAUUCAUAUCGAAUUACAAAAUGCUGACAUUGACAGUAAAGUACAAGAUGUAAUUGAUAUUAAAUUACCUGACGCUCUUAACAAUCAGGUACCUCAGAUUGUGCGCGACGAAGCUGAAUCUGCAGUUAAGGGCCCUGAUAUGAAACGAGUUAUAGAAACGCAAGUAUCUGAAAAUAGCGAGGGAAUAAAAAGUGAUGUUGAACAAUCAUUAUCUUCUAGAAUAGCUAAUGCUUUUGGGAUAUCUCUUGAUAAAAAAGUUGACACUCUAGAAGAAUCUAUAGGUGGUAUUGCAGAAUUUAAAGAAUCACUUGCUUCCUUUGAACAAAAACAAGAAAAGACUGAAGAAGACGUUUCAAAUCUACAUAAUAACUUUGAAUCGGCAAGUGAAAGUUUAAAACAACUGUCUGAAAGCUAUUCAGCAAUGUCAACCACGAGAAAGCAUGAUUCAGUUAAAAUUGAUAAAUUGCAGACUACUAUACAAAAUGGAGAACAGAAACUAAUCGAUAUGGAUGCUGAGUUAGGAAAAGUAAAGAAAGCGGUAUCGUAUGAGGAGUAUAAAUACAAAGUGCUACAGCUCGAUGAUAUCCGAUCCAGAAUCGAUGUUAUACAGCCAAACAUGUUUAACAAAGGCUGUUUCGUUACGGCCUAUAUGAUAUUGAUUGUGAUGGUACUGUUACUAGCUGUAUCCGAGUAUAACCUGUAUCAACGUUUAAAUAAUGACAUUCCGGGAAGGACAGGCGGACGAACAACAGCUAAACGAACAACUUGUAGUCACGUCUUUUUCAUAUGAAUGUCAAUAAUACUUUUUCAGAUGUUUUAAUUCUAAUUAUGCCCCCCUUCGAAGAAGGAUGGGUAUAUUGUUUUGCAGAUGUCGGUCGGUCGGAAUGUAGACCAAUCCGUUUCCGGAUGAUAACUCAAGAACGCUUGGGCCUAGGAUCAUGAAAGUUGAUAGGGAGGUUGGUCAUCACCAGCAGAUGACCCCUAUUGAUUUUGAGGUCUGCACCUUGAAAUGUGUUUCAUUCUGCUGAACUUGAUUGAAUUAGUUAGUUUUACAAUAUUGCGAAACCUUACACUCAAUUACAUUUGCACUGGAUAGUCAUACAUGUUUGGAGAAAUUCUGUCAAGUUACAAAACAGUACAAAGGAGUGUGAUUUGGAUUACACCCAAGUAUAUUUAUUCAUCACCAGUAUAUCUUGUAAACUGUAGCAUGUUUUUGAGCGCAGUUUAAUUAAGAUGUUUUUGCUUGUUGGUCCAUAUUUCACACAUGCAAAAGUAUAUACAGUACAAUAUACUUGAAUAUGGCAUUGUCUUAUAAAUAACAUUUGUACUUCAACCUAAUUUGCAUAUUUUGACACCCAGCUACUCCUUCUUUUGACUAUACUUUCAGUUAAAGAUAGCCCUUUGGUUUAUACAAGGCUGGUUUUAUAAGGAUAUCCACAGGAUCCCUUUUAUGUACAAGAGUGAACCUUUGGGGUCAUUUUUUGGAGAUAUUAACAUAUUUAUCAAAUAGAAUAAAAUUAUAGUCUAUUAUCUAUUGUAACUUAUCAUAGACAACGUUUUGAUUAACAAAAAUGAUCAUUCUAUAUACCUUCCUGGAGCAUUUGUAUAGUCAUAUUAAAUUCAAAUGAUGUAACAUCCGUCCAUUUUGAGAAAGGUCCGUCUGCUUAUAUUGUUACAAAAUGAAAAGGGUCCUGUUUUUCAAAUAAUUGAUUUUUUUUCAUUUAAGUGAAUCAGAUGAAUGAUUAAACAAAAUGAUAAGUUGUUAUCAUGUUUUCAGAGGAAAAGAAAAUAUUUUCCCGCAAAACAUAUUACUUUUUCCAUUUUAUUUCCAAAAGCAAAAAUCUUCACAGAACAUCUUUUCACUAUAAAUAAACAUAUAAAACUUUUCAAACUAAAAAAAUCAGUACUGCGUAAAAGUUUUAAACAGUAAGCAUAGAGGGGGAGGGUAAGCCGUACGUUAUAGAGACAAAUUUUAUUUAAACGGCAACAGUAAAAAUGUGAUAUUAUAGCUAUUGACCAGACUGGUAUAUCAAUGGAAAGAAAAUGAUUUUUUUUGUUGUCUAGUAAUGACUGUUUAUUGUUCACUUACACUUAAGAGCACCUAUAUCUGCCAAUUAAUCUCUUAGAGAUUCUAUACAGACUUGAUUCCUUGAGCAAUUUUAUGCGUAAGUGUCAAAAACAUGGAUAACACAUUUUAUAACAGUAAAAAUAAAUGUCCAGAAAUAGGUGCAAAAUAUGAGACAGGUAUUUAUAGGUUAUUAACUUUGUAUGUGGAUAGAAGCGGUAAUAUUGCGCGACUUUAGGAGCGCAAUAUUAUCCGCGAAAGAACGAGUGCAUAUAUCGACAUACAAAGUUGAUAACCUUUUUAUUACAUAUUCACUAUCAAAUGAUUUAUUUAUAUCAAAAUUAUCGUUCUGUAACGAAAGACAGGAAAAAUACGAAAAUAAUUUCUCCGAAAAUGCAAUAAUGUAUAUUAUCAUAUCAACUAUACACUAAAGUAGGUAUUUUAAAUUUUAUAUUAAAGCAGUUUGUGAUUCUUGAUUUUUCAAACACACUAAAGUUGAACCUGUGUGAUAAGGGUUACAUCAAGAAAAAUGUUUACACUUUUUUCACAUUACAUUGUUUUUACUGAAAAAGUGUGAAUGAUUUUAUGAUUGAUAUCAUGAUAAAAAUGUUUAACUCAUCUGAGCAUGAAGUGCUCAAGGAUGAGCUAUAAUUGUGGUCAGUCUUUGUCUGGUUUUUGAAAUCAGUUCAGGUCUAAUUAAAAGCCAAGUCGCCCGCUCAGAUUAGGAAAAGGGUGUUAAACACACUAAAAGACUUCAUUUGCCAUGCAGUCUUAAUCUAACUUGGCCAAUAUUUUUCCAGUCAUUUAAUAUUGGUCACUUUUGAAACUGAGUUGGGUCAAAUCAAAAACUACAUCAGGAGCUCAAACUUAUGGAAAACCUUGAAAACACACCCAAUGCUUCAUUUUUUUUCAUGCAAUGUUAAUCUAAUUUGAUCAGAAUGCGUUCGUCUAUAACUGCUUGGUUUACUUUGAAACUGGUCAGCUUGGGUAAAAUUUUAGGUCACAAACUAAGAUCAAAGGAAAGCCUUGUAAAUACACAAUAGACUUCAUUUUUCAUAUAAUCUUAAUUUUUUUACCAGAAUGCAUUCAGCUAAAGUCCUUUCGAAAUUGGGUCAGGUCAGUCUAAAACUAGGGCACAAACUGAGAUGAAAGGAAAAUCUUACAAACACACCAGGGACAUUUUUCAUGCAUUCUUAAUCUAAUUUAAACAAAAAUGCAAGCUCAAAUCAAAGUGAAACCUUGUAACACUUCCAAGCAGUCCUGUAAAAACGUAGCCAGAAUAUAGGAUUUGUUUGAAUCAUCGUAUUGAUGACAAUGUCAGUUUGAUAUGAUAUGAUGUAAAGAAGUAACUUUUAAGUUACACGUUUUAUGACUAAAAGGAGUUGUCAUGCUUUAUUAUCAUAAGUAGGAUGACUUUAAAACUUUUGUCAACUUGCAUGUGAUAUGCUCUCGGCCA